AUGGCCACGGGCGUCAAUGAUGCAAUCAUGGCGGGCGCCAGCACCGAGCACUCGAAUGGGGGCACUGCCAAAUCCACCAAAAAGGUCGCCUACUUCUACGACUCGGACGUGGGCAACUAUGCCUAUGUAGCGGGGCAUCCUAUGAAGCCGCACCGCAUACGCAUGGCGCAUAGUCUGAUCAUGAACUAUGGUCUCUACAACAAAAUGGAAAUCUACCGCGCAAAGCCAGCCUCCAAGUACGAAAUGACGCAGUUCCACACGGACGAGUACAUCGAGUUCCUGCACAAGGUGACCCCCGACAACAUGGAUCAGUUCCAGCGAGAGCAGAGCAAGUACAAUGUCGGAGAUGACUGUCCGGUCUUCGACGGCCUGUUCGAGUUCUGCGGCAUCAGUGCUGGCGGGACCAUGGAGGGCGCCGCCCGCCUGAACCGGGGCAAGUGCGAUGUCGCCGUCAACUGGGCUGGUGGUUUGCAUCACGCGAAGAAGAGUGAAGCCAGUGGCUUCUGCUACGUCAACGACAUUGUCUUGGGCAUCAUCGAGCUGCUAAGGUACAAGCAGCGCGUCCUCUACAUUGACAUUGACGUCCAUCACGGCGAUGGUGUCGAAGAAGCGUUUUACACGACCGAUCGCGUCAUGACCGUCUCCUUCCACAAGUACGGCGAGUACUUCCCCGGUACCGGCGAGCUACGCGACAUUGGUGUUGGCGCUGGGAAGAACUACGCUGUCAACUUCCCGUUGCGCGAUGGAAUUACCGAUGACACAUACCGCAACAUCUUCGAGCCAGUUAUUGAAGCAGUCAUGACAUACUAUGGGCCUGAGGCUAUUGUGCUCCAGUGCGGAGGUGACAGUCUCUCGGGCGACAGGCUUGGAUGCUUCAAUCUGAGCAUGGACGGCCACGCCAACUGCGUCCGAUUUGUCAAGAGUUUUGGUGUACCCGUCAUCGUUCUCGGCGGUGGUGGAUAUACGAUGAGGAACGUUGCCCGCACCUGGGCCUACGAGACGGGCGAGCUAGUUGGGGAGCGCAUGUCCAAACUACUCCCGUUCAACGACUACUACGAAUACUUUGCCCCCGACUACGAGCUAGACGUCCGUCCUUCCAACAUGGAGAAUGCGAAUUCGCAUGAUUAUCUCCACAAGAUCAAAUCUGCAGUUAUUGAAAACAUUCGGCGAACGGGAAGGCCAUCGGUCGAAGCAUUCACCCCAAUCGUCGACCCCCUCCACCUCAGCCGCGACAUGGAAUCGGAAGGUGAAGAUGAAGAAGAUGACCUCGAUGCCGACAUGAACCCGGACAAACGCGUGACCCAGAGGCAACGUGAUAAACAGAUUGAGCACGAUGGCGAGCUCUACGAUGCCAGCGACGACGAAGAGUACAAGAACAAUCUCGGCGUACGCGCACAGCCAGGUGUCAAGAAGAGGCGCAACAUCACACAUUAUGUGAAUCCUAAUGCCGCUCCGGCGGACGACCUCGACGGCCUGGAGGAUAUCAAUGGCGGAAGUACCCUCUCUACGCGACAGACCUCGGCAGCAGAUUCUCGUACGCACACACCAGCCGUGGGCGAACCAGAGGCUGACCAAGAUGGUGACGUUGAAAUGGACGAGCCCGCCGCCCCAGCUGCACCCGCCGCUACGUCAACACGGUCUCAGUCGCCUGCGGGAGUCGUCACACCCCCCGAAUCACCGCCAACGGCUCCGACCGCACUCGGGCCGACAUCAGAGCCCACCGCGGACGUGGAGAUGGAGGAUUCCGAGGUCAAAGAAGAAGUGGCCGUCGCGAAAGAAGAAUGCGAUGCAGAGCGAGAUGCGGAAAACGUCAAGGGCGAGGAACGGACCGAGGUUGCAAAAGACUAG